AUGCUCCUCUUGAUGGCAUGCACUGACCCGGCUUGUGCGUUUCAUGGCGUUCGCGUUCAGGCCCUCAACCUUGCAUUGUCCAUCCGACGCAACGUGCCGCAUCUGGAGCAUCGUUUUGUCGUCGUGGCAAUGGACGCACGGGCCUACAAGGAGUUGAAGGACGAAGGCUUCCACUCACUUCUGUACUCAAGCGGCACGUCCGACCUGUCUGACUUGAUUUGGAAAUUUCGUUGGUGGCUCUUGCUUGUAGCGGUGAGAUAUGGUUUACGCCUGGCCGUGGUGGACUCCGACGUUGUUGCGUUUCGAGAUCCAUUUCCUCUUCUGGGCCAUGAUGCUGACAUGGAGAUUGCUACUGAGCAUUUCUGGCCACAGAAGCAUCUGUGGAAAGGCUGGGUACGGCCUGAGGACGAUCUUAGCACUGGCUUCAUCUACGUCCAACCAUCUCGAAAAUUGGGGGCCUUUCUGGAUGCCUUUCUUUCGGCCAACGCCGAUGAAGUACUGCCUGGCAGACUCUUGCGCGACCCGUUCGACCAGAGGGUCUUCAACAAGCAGGGGGCUUGGUUGGAACCCUAA